GCUAGGCGUCUUUUUUACAGCAACAAAACUGGAUUCAUCAUACAGCAUUGCGCUAAAGUGACCAACAAAAUAGGACCCUGCAGAUUGUGUAUAACCAGAACAAACCAUUUAUAUCAUGAACUAAAUACUAAACCUUCGUGUCUGUGAUUUUAAUUGGUUAUUGGAAGAAAAAAAAUAUUUUGAAGUAAUCACAACAUGGAAAUUGCACAGGAGGUGGAACCUAUUCUGAAAUCACUAAGGGAUCUGAAAAGCUAUGACAAUGAAGAAGCCCUUAAACUUCUUCAGCAGCUGUGUCAGCUCUAUUUUAAAUACAAAGCUGAUCAGGAUCGAUGUGCGCUUGGGGAGCUUCUGGUCAAAGAAGGGGGGGCAGAAUUGCUUGUUCAACUCUUGAUUGAUUUCUCCAAUGCCGGCUUCUUCAGUAGCAAUGCUGUUUGGUUCCCUGCUUACUACACAUUUAGUGCAAUAUGGAACAUCAGUGAUGCAAGUUUAAUCUUUGGACAAGAGCUUGGUAAUUUUGGACUAAUACAACAUCUGGUAGCAAUCCUUGAUCAUAAACCCUACAAGGAAAAACUGGAUCAAAAGUUUGGUAUAAUACUGGUAUUGCUCCUGUAUACUCCAGAACCACACCGGACAUUCACUCAACAGAACUUACAAGAACCCUUGGGAACUUUUCAAUAGUAUUUGAGAAAUCAUAGCAACAGUUCAUUACAGAAUGUUUUUUGUUAGUAUAGCUAUAAGCAAAAUAGACCUCGUAGGUGACAUGUUUAUUUUUUAAAUACAGUCAUUAUACGCAGUACUUUUUUAAAAAGUCAUGGAAAAAUUAAGGUUUGUGCAUCGAUCUCGCUAACAGAUUUGCAUUUGUGUGACAGAAUGUAUUUAGUAAAGGCUUCCCUCUGCAUACUGCAUAACGUUGCCAAGGUGCACGAGAACAGACCCCUUCUUCGUCAAGAGAACGCUGUGCAGAAAGUCUCGAGCUACACCAAAGUGGAGGAUGCGCUCUUGAAGGUGGUGUCUAUCAUGCUGUUGGGCUACAUUAUCGAUGAGGAUGAAUCUGAUCUUAUCAUGGACGAAUCAGGUGCCAUAGAGAACAUGCUUAGGCUGCUCCAGGGAGCUUUAACGGCGCCGUGGUUACAGGUCUGAAGAAAUUGCUGAAGGGUUGGGUCUCAUUGCAACUUGUGAGAAAAAUAAAAUCAAGAUGUUUCAAGCUGGAGCGAUUCCGAAAUUAAUGCUGAUGAUGGAAAGCGGCAGCAGCCGGGAGAAGAUAUUUGCUAUCAAGGUUGUUUGGCAGCUUGCCUUUCAUCAAACAACACGGGAAAAGCUAAAAGAAAACAGCGAUCUGAUGAAGCUCCUGGAAGAACUGUCCAAAGACAGCGACAGCGGCGUCUCUAACACAGCCCAGGGAGCAAGAUGGGUGAUAGAAAAGCAGGCUGAGGAAAAAUCAAAGACAAAGAGGGAGAGCUCACAACCAGAGACAACGGGACAUGUGAUGAUCAGCUACCAAUGGGAAAACCAGAAAGUUAUGUUGGAGGUGAAUAAAAGACUACAGAGUGUGGAGAUCAAGGUGUGGAUGGAUGUGGAGCACAUGGCCGGAUCCACACUGCAGGCCAUGGCUGAGGCAGUGGAGAAGGCCUAUGUUGUUGUUAUAUGUAUCUCUCCAAAAUACAAAGAAAGUCCGAAUUGCAGAACAGAGGCUGAAUACAGUUUCCAGUUACGAAAAGAGAUGAUCCCACUCAUGAUGCAAAGAAACUAUAAGCCAGACGGGUGGCUGGGAGCUGUUUUAGGGACCAAGCUUUGGGUUGACUUCACCCAAAAAAGUAUCUUUGAGGACAGCAUGAACCAGCUGAUAAAGCUUAUUGGGGGCUAUGCACCACUAAGUAAUGAUGCAGUUAAAGGUCCGAUUGUACCUGCAAAUGCAAACCAGCAGAUGGCCAAUACAGGUGUCACUGUUGUGAGCACCUGGACAAAGGAAGAUGUUGCCGCGUGGUUGAAAGAAAAUAAGCUGGACUUUUGUCUCACCCUGUUUGCAGCGUAUGAUGGGCCACUGAUGCACCAGCUACAGCAAUUACGCAAGGAGGCUCCAGAUUUUUUCUUUAAGAGCCUCAGAAGGGAUAUAGGUUUCAGCUCACUGACUGAAAUCCUACAGUUUAUUGAUGCCCUGGAAAAACUACAUAAUUAAAAGUCCCAGUCACACAAUGUAACUGUGUGUAUAUGAAUGCACAUGACAACAGAAUGAAAGUGGUUGAGCUAAUUAUUGGAUGUAUCCACAGUUUUACAGAUCACAUUUAUAAGUUUACCUACUGAGACCUAUUAAAACACAAAAAUAAUUACAAAAAAUUCUAUCAAAUUGUUUACAUUUUUUGUGCUUUGUAAGAAAAACAAAAUAUUUUGGUGAAUAUAUUUUCACAGUUCAAAAGAGGAAACAUUCGAGAUACAAAGCAGUUUAGUACAGACUGAAAAGGCAGCCAUUUGUGUACAUUUUCCAAAUAAAUGAAUACUUAAAAAAUAUGUUCAGCAAUGCAAACACUGGAAGUAAGUCGUGUGUUAUCAAUUUCAGGCUGCAUUGGAGGCUUACAGUAAAAAAAAAAAAAAAAGUUUAUACGUUGUCUUUAUUGCUUUGCUUAUAAUUGUGUUAUUUUAUUGCCACGUUUUAAUUGCAAAUUAUAUAUAGAACUAUAUAUUGUAUAUUACAUGUAUCUACCUCAGCAUGAACUGUCUGUUUCUCUCACAUCACACAUGAGAACAAGGUUAUUCUUGCAAUCGAGAGUGUGCGGUAUAGUGGUUAUACAGUACUAACCUUUUCAAACUUUACAUCAAAAUAGACACAGAUGUCUCUAUUAUAGAACUGAAUAUUGGAUAAACUUAACUCAGUACUGCACUACCCAAAAUGAUUAAAAGCAUUGUAAUGUAAUGGAUAGUUAACAAAAACAUGUAUGUCACUUAAUGGUGAGGCUGACAUUUUUGUAGUCUGACCACGUAUUUAUGUAGUCUGUAACGUAUUUAUAUGAUACGUUUCACGUAAUUACCUGUA